AUGUCACCAUCAGAAUCAAAUUCUAAAGCCGCUGAGUCCUCUAAAUUAGAGGAGAAACCAAAGGAGGCUCAACAACCCAACCUAAGCGUCUUGGAGGAAGACGACGAGUUCGAGGAAUUCCCUGUGUCUGACUGGGAUGACUCAAAAACAGAUCUGGCGCACCUUGGCGGGGCUGCUCCGGGCGCUGCGAAAUCAGGGGGAGAUAAAUUAUGGGAAGAUAACUGGGAUGACGAUGAUGUGGAAGAUGAUUUCAGUGUUCAGCUAAGGCAUGUCGCGCGUUGGUUUCACAACAGCAAUUUUAUCUAA